GAACAGUAGAGACGCGUAUUUUGCAAUCAACGGACGUGCGCGCCAUCAUAAGUUAUAAACGUAUACGUUCCAAUUGUCAAAAUAUCAUAGUUAAGUAAUAACGCAGUGGAUACAAUUUUUUUGCUUGUUUUUAUUGAAAGCGGAUACCCCUUAUAGAAAUGGUAGCACGACCGCGUUCGCCAGACGGCGCUCUGAUACCACACUUCUACGCUGGACGUCAAGUUCUUAUUACCGGUGCUACCGGCUUCAUGGGUAAGGUUCUAGUUGAAAGAUUACUGGCGACAUGUCCAGACAUAAGUCGACUGCAUCUCCUGUUGCGUCACAAGAAGGGUGUGACCCCGGAGAAACGCUUGCAGGAUCUGAAACAAUCUCAGGUUGGUGGGAAUUUUUGAAUACAUCCCUUUUAAUAUUCGGUUUAGACUGUGGAGACAGUAUAGUCUCUCAGAUAAAACAUAAAUUAUUUAUUCAUCAUCAUCAUCAUUACAUCCCUUCUCAAGUCCACUGUUGAACAUAGGCCUCCCCCAAGAAACGCCACAAAGCACAUAUUAUUUAUUCAAACCGGACAGAAAACAACAAAGCUUUCCUUAGGAGUUUGUCGUUUGAGUAAAAGCGUAUGUGUAAUAAAUACACAUAUGGUAAAAGUAAGGGAAGACAAAUCAUCAUCAUCAUCAUUACAGGCCUUCACAAGACCACUGCUGAACAUAGACCUCCCCCAAGGAAUGCCAGUUGUCGGUUCUUCGAGCUAUAUGGCUUGCCCAUUGCCACUUCAGCUUACUAAUCUGUUGAACUAUGUCGGUCACUCUAGUUCUCCUGCGGAUAUCCUCAUUUCUAAGUUCAUCACGCAGAUAAACCUCGAGCAUAGCCCUCUCCAUAGCUCGCUGAGCGGACUGUUCAUAAGUUAUCACUGGCAAAACGUACCGGUUGUACAAUCUCAUUUUCAAGUUUUCUUUAGUUAGUUGAGAUAUAGGUAAGAAGAUGAAUAGUCAGGUUCUUUUUUCGACAUUAUCUAAAUGAUGAAAACUUUUUGUCUAGGUAUUUGAUGUGAUUCGUCAGACCAGACCUGAGCAGUUGGAUAAGCUGAGCAUGAUCGCAGGAGAUGUCUCGCAACCCGGACUAGGACUAGCUCCCACUGCAAUGAGUCAACUACAACAGGUAUUUAGUGCAUAUUUAAAUUACUUUGUAACUUUUUAAUUGUAAAAUAUUCGAGGAUUAGCGUCGAAGGAAAAUGAAACAGUGGUGGGCAGCUGCAACCGCAUGUUCUUGAUAACAAUCAAAAUAUAUAAACAAUCGUAAUAAAAAAAAGUGUGGCGACUAUGAAAAGUAUCCCUCGUUUGAGGCAAUCUAUGAGAAGGGAGGCCUAUAUUUAACAAUUCAUGGAUGAAUACAUGGACACAUGUAACUGAAUUCAAACCUCGAGGAACAAUAUAAAUUGCCUCACAGCUUGUAGAUCUUCAGAAUUAAAAUAACAUCUUAAACGUGGUAGAGCCAUGCUGCAGCUAUAUUUGUGGCAUGAAUGGGUCAGCUCGACCGGGGAAGGACCACGCCCUCACAGUAUAUCAGCGUAAAAUAGCAGCUUAGUACUGCUGUGUUUCGUAUGGUGAGUGUAGAGAACCGGAGACCUUUUUUACUGGAAACGAGGCAUUCCAUCUUAGUCCUCACGGGUGACAACGCAUCUGCAUUUUGAUUCGUAAUCGAGGAUAGAUGUAGAUGUCUAUGGGCCACAGCAACUACUUACCAUCAGGUGAACUGUGUGCUGGUUUGUCACCCUAAUUCUAUAAAAAAAAAUUGCCAGCAUUGCGAUAGUUGAAAGCAGCAGGGUUGACUUCGGUUGGCUUCGUUAAAUUUUUCAUUAAAUAAAGUUCUGUAGAUUGACUGAUUGAGAAGAAAGACUUCCGAAGUCAGUACUGAGACUUAGUGUAUGGAAGUAAAGUUUAAGUUUUUGGCCUAUUAUAUGUAUAAUAUAUAUAAUUUUUUGAAUAUUAAAGCUUAGGGUAAAAAUAGGUAGUCGUCGAAAUAGUUGCAUUAAAAACUUUCUAAACUUUUUAUUCACCCUUAGGGUUAUAAUUUAUUAUCCAAAUUUAUAUGGUAAUACUCCCGAAGCAUAACCUAUUUAAUAAAAGAGAAUCAUUACAAGUAGUAAAAUUAAAAAUUUUGUACAACCGACUUUAAUAUAAAAUAUUAAGGGUAACUCAAAAACUACUGAUCAGACCGUGAUCAAAUUUAUAUCGGGCCACAUGAGAAGCGCCAGCUAUCAAAUAAAAAAAGAAUCAUUAAAAUCGGUUCACCUAGAAAACAGUUAUUAGGUAACAUAGAUAAAAAAUUAAUUACAAAAUACACUCGAAUUGAGUAGCUCUUCCUUUUUGUGGUUCACAAAUGUCGAGGAAAUCGUUUGACGUACAUAUAAACAUCUUUUGUUUUUUAUUUGUUGUGCUACCUAAAAAAAUGUUGUAGCUAUGAAUAAAAAUUAUUUCUAAGGUCAGUACACAAAAAUAUUUGUAUGUUUUUAUUAUGUCAAUGGUGCUUACUCAUGUGUGUUUUUACUAGGAUCAUUAAUUAUAUGACGUACAACAUUUAAUAAUUAUUAUAGUCUCUUGUAAAGGAUCAUUUCAAUAAUAAAUUAUCAUAUAAAUUACUUAUUACAAGGAAAUGUGUGACUGUUUCCGAUGAAUAUCCCUAAUACUUUCAUCCUUGAACUAGAGAUUAGGUAUCCAGCUAAUAUAUAUUAAUCUGAACUUGAUAGUACAUAGAAUAAAUCAAGCAUCAUACCUGAGGUCUAUUGUCAGACAAAUAGAUUCUAAUUCUAUUCUAUUUCUUCUAUUCUAAUUCUAUUCUAAGCCUUCGCUGUCCGUCCGUCCGUCCAUCCGUCCGUCCGUCCAUCCGUCCGUCCGUCCAUCCGUCCGUCCGUCCAUCCAUCCGUUCGUCUGUUUGUCAGCGGGCUAUAUCUCAUGAUACGUAAUAGGUAGACAGUUGAAAUAUUUACAGAAUGUGUAUUUCUGUUGCCGCUAUAACAACUAAUUAUAAAAAUAAAUUAAAAAUUAAAGGGGGCUUCCCUACUAGAAAUGUUUUACCAACUUACAAACUUAGUUUAAUAAAGUUUUUGAUUUUUGAGCAGGUCAAACUUUGUAUAUUUUCUGGAAUUUUGUUGUAAAAGUGUAUACAUCGCCCCAAGAAUGAAUUACUGACUCGAUGGAGUCGAGUAACUGAUACUACUAGCUUGUGUCUGUUCCUAGUAUUUACAGAAUGAAUAUCACUUAUUUUUGUAAAACUAUUUUUAUUUUUGAAAUGUAUUGAGAGGCCAAAGUUAACAUAUUAAUUUCCUUAAAUUUUUGUCGCAACGACUCUUUAGGCUUUAAAUCAUAAAUUGCUCUUAUGGCCCUCUUCUGUAAAACAAAUAUAAUUUCAGUGUCAGCUGCGUGUCCCCAUAGCAAAAUACCAUACGACAUUAUGCUAUGGAAAUAGCUAAAGUAAACUAGUCUAGAUGUUUCAACACUGGUUAGACUUCUAAUCUUUUUUACAGCAUAUGCUGCAGAACUAAGUCUGCUUGCUAGUUUUGAUAUAUGGGGGCUCCAGUGAAGCUUCGCGUCUAGUGUGAUUCCAAGAAAAAUGGUGGUAUCUACAAGACUCAGUUUCUCCCCAUUUAAAAUUACAUUACUAUUUAAUUGUUUGACAUUUCGAAUCAUGAAUUUCAUAUAUUUCGUUUUAAUGCCAUCUAAAUGCAAAUUAUUAACAUUGAACCAAUUUACUAAUUUAGAUAUAGCAUUAUUUACUUCGUCAUAUUUUAGUAAUUGUCGACUUAAUUUGAAAAUUAAAGAAGUGUCAUCUGCAAAUAAUACUAUAUCAUGGUUAUCCCCUACUAUGUAAGGUAAGUCAUUAAUGUAUACAAGAAACAGAAAUGGGCCGAGAAUUGAGCCUUGAGGCACGCCCAUUUGUACCAUCGAUCCGGAAGAGCUCAUAUUGUUAAUGACAACUUUUUGCGUUCUCUUACUUAAAUAUGAAAUAAUUAAUUUAAGAGCAUCACUUCUUACACCGUAGUGUUGAAGUUUCCUGAUUAAUGUUUCAUGGUGAACACAAUCGAAGGCCUUGGAUAGGCCACAAAAUAUACCCAAAGCAUCCUGUGAAUUCUCCCAUGCAUUAAAGAUAUAUUUAAUCAGCUCAACACCGGCGUCAGUUGUCGAGCGACCCCUUGUGAAACCAAAUUGAUUUUUAUGAAGUAAAUUAUUUAUAUUAAAUUUUUUUUACAUUUGAUAAAGAACAAUUUUUUCAAAAAUCUUACUAAGUGUUGGUAGUACAGAAAUAGGUCUAAAAUUGGCGGGGUCUAAUGUACUACCAGAUUUAAAUAAAGGUAUUACUUUACUAUGCUUCAUUAAAUUAGGAAACACACCAGAUUCGAUACUAGUAUUAAAAAUAAUAGCUAAAUGAGGCGCGAUUGUAUCUGUUAUAGACGCAACGCGUUAAUUACCCACAAUACUAGUUAUAACAAUACAUAUUAUUAAAAUAUGCUAACACUAUGAUCAUUAAUUGUAUGACGUACAACAUUUAAUAAUUAUAAUAAUUAUUAUAGUCUCUUGUAAAGGAUCAUUUCAAUAAUAAAUUAUCAUAUAAAUUACUUAUUACAAGGAAAUGUGUGACUGUUUCCGAUGAAUAUCCCUAAUACUUUAACCCUUGAACCAGAUUUUAAUCUGAACUUGAUAGUACAUAGAAUAAAUCAAGCAUCAUACCUGAGGUCUAUUGUCAGACAAAUAGAUUCUAAUUCUAUUCUAUUUCUUCUAUUCUAAGCCUUCACUGUCCGUCCGUCCGUCCAUCCGUCCGUUCGUCUAUUUGUCAGCGGGCUAUAUCUCGUGAUACGUAAUAGACAGACAGUUGAAAUAUUCACAGAAUGUGUAUUUCUGUUGCCGCUAU